AUGAGUUUUCAUAUGAAUGUUUUUGAGCAAAUCGAAAUUAUUCUAGAAAAAUGUAAUAAUGAAACGUUUAUAAGAAUCAACACAUUAAUUGAUCAUAUUAUUAGAAAUUACACAAAUGAAAAUAAUAAAGAAAUAAAUGAGAAGAAAAAAGUGAAUGAUAAUAAUAAAAAGAAGAAGAAAAAGAAAAAAGAAAAUAACACAAAUACUAUACGUAAUUAUUUUAAUCUCGUCGAUAAAGAAAAUAAUUUAAAUAAUAAUAAUAAUAAUGAUGAUGUAACAAAUUUAGAGGAAGAAAAUAAAAAUAAGGGAAAUAUAUUAUCAUUAACAAAUAAAAAUAAUAAUAAGACUAUAAUUAAUAUGUUUUUUUUCUUUGGACAUUUUAAUAUUAUGAUAAUUAUAUAUUAUGUUAUAUUUAAAUUAAAAAUGUUUGAUAAGGAUUUAUUUAUAAAUGAAAAAAAUUCAAAUAGUCAAAAAGAUCAUAGUCAUACAACUGAUAGUAUAAGUGAUGAUCCAAAUAAAAUGGGUUCAGAUAAUAAUAAAAAUAAAAAAAUUAGUAUGAGUCAUACUACAAAUAAUAAAGAACAUUAUCAUAGAAAAUGUGAUAUGCAUGAUGAUGAAGAAGAAGACAAUGAAACCAUAAAAAGUGACAGUCAAUUAAAAGACACAUAUAGUGAUAGUAAUAGUAAAGAUAUUAUGAUGAGUCUAAGUCCAAAUAAAGAAGAUGAAAGUAUGAUGAGUGAUAACCCAAAUAAAGAUAUCAGUAGUAGUGAUCAUAAUAUGAAUGAUAGUACUAAUGAAAGUACAAUAACAAGUCUAAGCACAAGUAUAAAUAAUAGAAACAAUAAUAGAAAGGAUAAAAAAAAAAACAAUAAUAAUAAUAAUAGUAAUAAUAUUAAUAAUAGUAGUAGUAGUAAUAAUAAUGGGGUUUAUCAUAAUGUUGAUAAUCAAAAACAUAAUAAUAAAUAUAAUACAUACAAUAAUAAAGAACAUAUAAUUUAUCACAAUAAGUGUAUUACACAUAUUUUGUGUUCACAGUUAAUGUAUCUAGAUAUGAAUUCUAUGAAUCAAGCUGUGCAAGAUAUUGUCAAAACAAAUAAAUGCAAAUUAUUAAGAGUUAUAAUUCUUGAAUCUUUUGAUAGUUUAAAUGAAUAUUAUAGAAAAAUUAUUUUAAAUAAAUUAAACAAAUGUAAUGUACUUAUUUUUAUACAUAGUACACAUUCAUUAAAUGAUACACUGUUACACAAUUGUUUAUAUAUUCGUAUUCCUAAGCCAGAUAAAACAUUAUUUAAUAAUCAUAUGUUAGAUUUUUUAAAAACAAAUUAUAAAAUCAAUAAUUUUAAUAAUCAAAAGAAACAAUAUAUUAUUAAUGUUUUAAAUUAUUGUAAUUUUGAUAUACCACUCAUAUUAACAUUAUUAUAUAUAAUACAAUUACAUAAAUUCCCAGAUAUCAAAAAAAUUAUUAAACUAAUUAUUAAUACUAAUAUUAAAAAAUUAAUAAAUGUUAUACAUAAAUGUAUUAUAUCAAAUAAUUCUUUUUUUGUUAUUAGAAAUAUAUUAUAUAAUAUCUUAUAUACAUAUAAUUUUCAUUUACAUCAUUUCCUAAAUACAUUCUGUAAGAAACUUGUAACAUAUCAUAAAAAUGAUAAUAAUUAUAAAAAAGACUUAUAUGAUCUCUUCUCUAAAUAUACAUAUAUUACAUCACUCCAUGAUAUGCACAUAUGCUCCUUAGAAAACCUAUGCUCAAAUAUCAUACUUCUUGAAAAAAAAUAUGCAAAAACAUUUAAUCAAGUUGAUAACAAUUCUGAAGAUACAGAUGAUUCUUCUAUAAACAUAAAGCUGGAAAAAUAA